AUGGUGCUCUUCGUCGUUGGUCUGGGUCUCGGUGACGAGCAGGACGUGACACUCCGUGGUUUGAAUGCUAUUAAAAAGUCCAAGAAGGUUUUUCUAGAGAAUUAUACGUCAGUACUGGGUGUAGAACUCGACAAGUUGGCAGAAUUUUACGGCCGAGAGGUGAUUCUUACAGAUCGAGACCUCGUGGAGACUGGCGCUGACCAGAUCUUUGCCGAUGCAAAGGAUAACGAUGUCGCGUUUCUCGUGGUGGGUGACCCGCUGUGCGCCACGACUCACUCGGAUCUGAUUCUGCGUGCCGUGGAGCUGGACAUCAAAGUAGAGAUCAUUCACAACGCUUCCGUCAUGGGUGCCGCUGGCGCUUGUGGUCUGCAGCUCUACUCAUUUGGACAGACCGUGUCCAUCCCGUUCUUCCGUGAUGAGUGGCGUCCCGACAGCUUUUACGACAAGAUUCACUACAAUCGUCGUGGUGGUAUGCACACGCUCUGUCUGCUGGACAUCAAGGUGAAGGAGCCAGACUUUGAGGCCAUGUGCCACGGUCGCACUGUGUUCCUACCACCUCGCUUCAUGACAGUGAAUCAGGCGCUCGAGCAGCUCAUUGAGAUUGAGGAGAAACGUCAGGACGGAGCGUACACCAAGGACACGAUGUGUGUGGGUAUGGCUCGCCUUGGCCAGAAGGACCAGAUGAUUAUCGCUGGUACGAUGGAGGAGCUACUGUCUGUCGACUUUGGCGCCCCACUGCACUGCCUUGCGAUUACUGGAGAAGUGCACCCGCUUGAGGAAGAGAUGCUCAAGCAGUUUUACAUAAAGAAAUAG